AUGCUUCGAGCACUGAAGAAGUUCACAUUGGUUCUCUUUGUCGUCAUCGUCUACGAUUGUUCAGCGAACGAUUAUGACGAUCAAAAGCUGCAACAGCUCAGCAGAGGCAUCGGGAAGCUGAGCAUAGAAAUCCUCAAGAAAGUCGCUGCCGACGAGGAAAAUACGAUUUUCUCUGCGUAUGGAAUCUCUUCGGCACUCGCGCUGUGUCUACUCGGCUCCGAAGGUCAAACGCGGGCAGCACUUCGGGAAGUUCUCGGUUUAGCUUCGCUGAACGAUGCUGAAUCUCUGAGAGCUUUUCGGGAUACUAACAGAAUGAUUCUCGGUGCUGGUAGCCUCACGGAGGGGAGUAAUGGGAACCUUACCCUCUCGUCAGCUAACGCGAUCUUCGCGAACGAAUCGCUGCGGAUCAGACCCGAGUUCCUCGGUCAGAUGCAUGAAGUUUUCGAAGACUCUUUAGUUCAGUCAGUGGAUUUCGCAGAUGAUGCUCAUGGAAUUCAGAAAUAUAUAAAUUCUUUCGUCGGGGAAGCGACCCACGGAAGAAUACCGGAUCUCCUCAGUCAGCCUCUCGACACCCAGACACUCCUUGCCGUCGUCAACGCCGUGUAUUAUAAGGGCUCCUGGAAGACGGCUCUGAAAGUCAAACAGUCCGUCGAAGGCUUCAACAAUUUCCCGUGUCCGACUCGUGAGAUGCAGCCAGGUCCGAAGCCGCAAUGGAUGACUCUGACUUCGAAGCUCCGCUAUGCCCGCUCGCGAACUUUGAAUGCCCAUUUCCUGGAGCUGCCCUACCAAUCCGGCGACAACAUCGCGGUGUCCAUGAUCUUAGUUUUGCCCUACGACGGGAUGAAGUGCGAUUUUUCGGGAUGGAUACAGCGAACCUUGGACUGGAAUCUCGUCGCGGAAGUUCUGACUGAAAUGUCAGAAACCCGCAUCGACCUGACGUUGCCCAAGCUCAAAUUGAAGGGCACGUAUGAUAUGAAGAAGACUCUGACGUCGCUCGGCUUGGGCGUCGUGUUUUCAAAUCAAGCAUCUUUCGAAGCGAUGCUGUCCGAUCAAAACAGACCCGUCCCAAUCAGCAACUUCUUGCAUAAAGCAGAGAUGUCAGUAGACGAGCUCGGUACCGAAGCGGCCGCCGCGAGCGGCGCCUUCCUGAGGCGGAGGUCCCGACCCUUGCCGGCAGCCCCGCCGAUCGAACUUGUUUUCGAUAGAUCAUUCCUUUCAAUGAUUGUUGUCGACCAGAAUGGAGUUUCGCUCCCAUUAUUCACAGCAGUCGUCAAUGAAAUCGUUGCUUGA